AUGGCGGCCACGCGAAGCGCAGCUCUCAAACUCGACUGGACCAAGGUCACCAGCUCGCUGGGCCUCCGCGGUCAGACCGUCGCUUCCCUCCAGGCCUUCAAGAAGCGCAACGAAGACGCCCGCCGCAAGAUCCAGCAGCUUUCUGAGCAGCCCACGACUGUCGACUUCGCUGCCUACCGAUCUUCCCUCAAGAACCAGGCCAUCGUCGACGAGAUCGAGAGGCGCUUCAAGGCUUUCAAGCCUGUCACUUACGACGUCACCCGUCAGCUCAAGGCCAUUGACGCCUUUGAGGUUGAGGCCGUCAAGAACGCCGAGGCCACCAAGCAGGCUGUUGAUCUUGAACUCAAGGAUCUCGCUGCUACCCUGAAGAACAUUGAGGAGGCCCGUCCCUUCGAGGACCUCACUGUCGACGAAGUUGCCGCUGCUGAGAAGUCCAUCGACGAGAAGACCACCCAGCUUAUCUCCAAGGGCAGAUGGAUGGUGCCUGGAUACAAGGAGAAGUUCGGCGACCUCGCCAUGGUGUAA